AAAGAAAAGAAAAGAAAAGAAAGAACCAGUAAAAAUAAAUUAUAAUAAUAAAAAAUUCAAUUAAAUUAACAAAACAAACACGAGAGAUAAUUAAUACGAAAGAAAAUAAAGAAAGAACGAAAGAAGAGCAAAGGCAAAGGGAAAUUGUCUGGAACUUUCCUUCCAGACCCAAAAGGAAUCUCCUUAGAGCUCAACAAACCGCCCUCUCCCUUCUUGUCGGCUCUUUUCAUUUUCUUCCUUUAUAAUCAUUUUGGAGAUUCCUUUGUUUUCCUUCAAACCCAACGCUUCAAUCCCCUAUUAUUCUCCCUAUUUCCUUCCAUUUGAUCUUCUUUUUUUAUUCACUUUCUGCCGAUUCAAUCAUCGCAAACAGAUUUAAUUGAGAUCGCAAAAGGAUGGCGGAAGAACAUAGAUGUCAAGCGCCGAAGCUUUGCGUAAACAACUGUGGAUUCUUCGGGAGUCCGGCGACUCGAGAUCUCUGUUCAAAAUGUUACCGAGAUCUGGAGGUGAAGGAACAGCAAUCCUCCUCCGCUAAACUCGCCUUAAACCAAACCCUAACAUCCGCCGCGUCAUCUUCGUUCGCGGAUGCCGCGUUGUUAAAUCCGAAACUGGCUUCAUCGGAAGCGAUUCAGCCUCUGGCGGAGGUGACGGAGACGAGGACCGAAGUGGUUCCGACGCCGGCGGCAACACAGCAGCAACCGAGCCGAUGUACGACGUGCAGGCGGCGCGUGGGGUUGACGGGGUUCAAGUGCAGGUGUGGGAUGGUGUACUGUGGGACUCACCGGUACCCGGAACAACACGGAUGUGAAUUUGACUUCAAACGGAUGGGGAAGGAUCAGAUCGCGAAGGCGAAUCCGGUGGUGAAAGGGGAGAAACUACAGAAGAUCUGAGAGGAGAGAGAGAGAGGGGUAAAGUGGUCUUCUUCUUCUCUUUUCUUUAUUCUUCUUUGGUAUAUGUCGCUCUCGCGUGUGCCGGCGCGUGGUGGGUAACCGAGGGGAUGGGCCGUUUGGAAAAUAUUGGUGGUUGUAUAAAUAUUCAAUAAUAUGAUCUAUAUUUUAAUUUCCAUUGCCAGACAUGGUUUUAUUGUUU